CUCAAGCAAGCGUGGGGCGCGCGCAAGCGCGCGCCCUCCUUUGGGGGGGCACACGGUGCGCGUGCCAUGCAGAGUGCUGUGCUGAAGACCCACUAUGGCAAUGACGGUCUUCGAACGCACGUGGAAGAGCCCACGGCCUUCAUCGGAGCGGUCGGCAUCGGGGCCGGCAUUGGAGCCGCAGCGGGAGGUCUGGGCGUGUUCAUGCUGUGCAAUGCCAAGUGCCCGGGCGGCAUCAAGGGUGCAGGAAUCCUAGGCGGCACGCUGAGCGCGCUGAACCCGCUCACGCUGCUGUCCAAGAAGGACGAGAAAGAGGAGAAGGAGGCCGCGAAGGAUCCAGACCCGCAGCAGAAAUUGUUUAAGCAAGUGGAUUACAUAGAGAAAGAAAUCUGCAACAUGAAUUGCAAAGUGGCAGCUCUGAUGGGCGCCGCCGCGGGCGCUGUGGCAGGAGGGACCAUCGCCAAGGUCAAGACGGGGGGCGGCAUGGCGGGGCCGCUGGACGAAGAUAACACCGAGACCUUCUUCGUGCUUACCAAGCAGAUGGAGGAUAUGCGGAGUCAAGUGGACGAUGCGGUUGGCCGUGUACGAUCGCUGCAAUCGCAGGAGAGACAACCGGACCGAACUCAGUCUCUGAGAUGUGACUUCAUAUGACAUGCCAUGCGAGGUGAAGGGAACCGGGCGACACCGCAAUGCUUCGGGAC